CUUCUUUCCGCUUUAGCUUCUGGCGGGAAUCACCACGGCGGUGCUCCACCUUUUCGUUUUCCCCCCUUUGUUUCUCUCACUAAAACUCAGCCACCAUGUACUGGCUUACGACCAAAAACGCCGUCGUUCUUAUACCCCGUUGGCGCUCGCUCUCCUUCCUCAUCACCCCCCAUCUCCACCGUCAUUUCUCUCCCUCCGCCCCUUCCCCACUUAUAAGGCAGUCGGAGCGCGUUUUUUGCUUCAAAGAGAGAAAGCUUUACACCAAACCUAUUAAGAAACACAAACAAUCGAAGAUUUCCCUUGAAGAUAAAGAUUACGCUCAUGUUAUCUGGUGGAAGGAGAGAAUACAGCUGUGCAGAAAGCCUUCUUCUGUUGUGCUUGUUCAGCGGCUUUCGUUUUCUAAUUUACUAGGCGUCGAUGCCACCUUAAGAAAUGGAAGCCUCAAAGAAGGAACUCUUAAUUGGGAAAUAUUGCAAUUCAAGUCGAAAUUUCCCCGCGAAGUUUUGCUAUGCAGAGUUGGAGAGUUUUACGAGGCGAUUGGUGUCGAUGCGUGCAUUCUCGUGGAAUAUGCUGGAUUGAACCCCUUUGGUGGUUUGCGUUCAGAUAGUAUCCCGAGAGCUGGUUGCCCUGUAGUGAAUUUACGACAGACAUUGGAUGACCUAACACGUAAUGGUUUCUCCGUUUGCAUAGUGGAAGAAGUUCAGGGUCCGGCUCAAGCUCGCACACGUAAAAGUCGUUUUAUAUCUGGACAUGCACAUCCAGGUAGUCCAUACGUGUUUGGUCUCGUUGGAGAUGAUCACGACCUCGAUUUUCCCGACCCGAUGCCCGUAGUAGGAAUAUCUCGUUCGGCGAAGGGGUACUGCAUGGUAACGGUGUUUGAGACAAUGAAGACCUAUUCUGUAGAGGAUAAUUUGACCGAAGAAGCCUUGGUUACCAAGCUUCGCACUUGUCGGUGCCAUCAUUUGUUUCUGCAUACAUCGUUGAGGAACAAUUCAUCAGGAACUUGUCGGUGGGGAGAAUAUGGUGAAGGUGGGCUGCUAUGGGGAGAAUGCAGUGCAAGACAAUUUGAAUGGUUCGAUGGUAACGCGGUGGACGAGCUUUUGUACAAGGUAAAAGAUCUUUACGGCCUUGAAGAUGACAUCGCAUUCAGAAAUGUUACAGUCGCCCCAGAAAGUAGGCCGAGUCCGUUACACCUAGGGACAGCCACACAAAUAGGUGCUCUUCCAACUGAAGGGAUUCCUUGUUUACUGAAGGUGCUGCUUCCGUCAAAUUGUACCGGCCUUCCUGUUAUGUUUGUCAGAGAUCUUCUUCUGAACCCUCCUGCGUAUGAGAUUGCAUCAACAAUUCAAGAAGCCUGCAAACGAAUGAGCAACAUAACAUGCUCCAUUCCGGAUUUUACAUGUGUUCCUCCAGCCAAGCUCGUGAAGUUGCUCGAGUCGAGGGAGACUAAUCACAUUGAGUUUUACAAAAUAAAAAAUGUUCUUGAUGAUAUUCUGCAACUGAACUCAAAUUCCGAGCUCGACGAAAUUCUCAAGUUAUUAAUGGAUCCUACUUGGGUAUCAACUGGACUGAAAGUCGAACAAGAGACUUUAGUGAAUGAAUGUAAAUCGGUUUCCAAUAGAAUCGGAGAAAUUAUCUCGUUGGACGGCGUAAAUGAUCAGAAGCCUUCUUCAUAUGCCGUAAUCCCGAACGAAUUUUUCGAAGACAUGGAAUCUUCAUGGAAAGGCCGUGUGAAGAGAAUCCAUUUAGAAGAAGAAUACACAGAAGUUGAUGAAGCUGCAAAGGCCUUAUCCACUGCUAUUGAAGAAGAUUUUCUUCCGAUAAUAUCGAGAAUUAGAGCAACGACAGCUCCUCUUGGAGGACCAAAGGGAGAGAUACUAUAUUCCCGGGAGCAAGAAGCUGUGUGGUUCAAGGGAAAACGUUUUACGCCGUCGGUUUGGGCUGGUACAGCUGGCGAAGAACAAAUCAAACAGCUCCGACCUGCCUUCGAUUCCAAAGGAAAAAAAGUCGGCGAAGAAUGGUUCACUACAGUUAAAGUGGACAAUGCAUUAACCAGGUAUCACGAAGCUGGUAGCAAAGCAAGAAUGAAAGUUCUAGAACUAUUGAGAGGAUUAUCUACCGAACUUCAAGCAAAGAUCAAUAUUCUAGUGUUUGCUUCCAUGUUGCUCGUAAUCGCCAAGGCAUUAUUCGGCCAUGUAAGUGAAGGAAGAAGAAGAAAAUGGGUUUUCCCGACUCUCACUCAAAGCCACAGUUCCGAGGAUAUAGAUAUCCUGCGCGGAUCGGAAGGGAUGAAGAUAACUGGUCUAUCUCCGUAUUGGUUUGACGCGAACCAAGGUGGUGCUGUAGUAAAUAAUGUUGAUAUGAAGUCGCUGUUUCUCUUGACGGGGCCAAAUGGGGGUGGAAAAUCGAGUCUUUUGAGAUCAAUUUGUGCUGCUGCUUUAUUGGGAAUAUGUGGAUUUAUGGUCCCUGCUCAAUCAGCUACUAUUCCACAUUUCGACUCGAUUAUGUUGCACAUGAAAUCUUAUGAUAGUCCUGCUGAUGGAAAGAGCUCGUUUCAGGUCGAAAUGUCGGAGAUUCGUUCCAUUAUUACAAGAGCCACAUCAAAAAGCCUCGUCCUAAUCGACGAAAUAUGCCGAGGCACCGAAACAGCAAAGGGCACAUGCAUAGCUGGCAGCAUAAUCGAAACCCUCGACUCAAUCAGCUGCCUCGGCAUAGUGUCCACACACCUCCACGGAAUCUUCGAUCUACCCCUGAGAAGAAAAAACACCGUCUUUAAAUCCAUGGGAGCAGAAUUCAUCGAAAAUCGAACAAUGCCAACAUGGAAAUUAAUGGACGGUAUUUGCAAAGAGAGCCUCGCUUUCGAAACAGCUCAGAGGGAAGGAGUGCCCGAAGAACUAAUCCACAGGGCAGAAGAAUUGUACGUCUCGGUUUACGCGAAAGAGUCGAAACUAAACGGCUUCGCUUCUCCUAAAGUGGUUAACAAGUCCGAGAAACAAGUUUGUCUUAACGAAGUGAAAAAUGCCGUCAUUAGUAUUUGUCUGAAACGAUUAAGUGAUUAUUACAAGAAGAUUAAUGGUAAUGUAUUGGAGCCUUCGGAAAUGAGAUUCGUUCUGAUUGGUGCUAAAGAGCAGCCUCCUCCAUCAACUAUCGGAGCUUCGAGUGUUUAUAUUAUUCUCCGACCCGACAGAAAACUUUACGUUGGAGAGACGGAUGAUCUUCAGGGUCGGGUGCGUGCUCAUAGAUUGAAGGAGGGAAUGCAGAACGCUACGUUUCUAUAUUUCUUGGUACCGGGGAAGAGCAUGGCUUGCCAGCUGGAAACUCUACUGAUAAAUCAGCUACCUGAUGAAGGUUUUCAAUUAACUAAUUUAGCUGAUGGAAAACAUAGGAAUUUCGGCACUUCUGAUUUCGUAGAAACGGAAAUGUCGGCUAGAUAAUAAUUAUAAUAUUCGACAGUUUUUUUGAAGGUUGAAAAAAAUGUGAAAGAAAUGUAUGUAUGUAUGUAUGUAUGUCUGUAGUGGUUGUGGCAAUUUUGGAUUGAUUUAAGCUGCUCCACUGUGACAGACUAUUGGAAGUUCUUAACCCAAUUUUUGGACACCCUUUCUU